AUGCAGCUGCAGGACAUCUGUGUGAGCUGCGGCGCCAUCGGACUGGAAGACGAAGGAAUUGAACUCGGCCGUGUUGACUUCCGGUUGGCGCUGUUUGGACUGCACGCUGUGCGAAGUGUGCGGAAGCCUCACGACGAAGGACGACUGAUUCUGUGCGACGAGUGCGACAUUUCCUUCCACAUCUACUGCCUUAGUCCGCCGCUCAACCAGGUGCCCAGCGGAACCUGGAAAUGUCGGCGCUGUGUACGGUGUCAGUAUUGCGACAGUGCCAGUCCCGGUUACGGUCCCUCUGCGCAGUGGCACAACAACUACUCCACCUGCACGCCCUGUGCUUCCUGCAGAAAGCCCGUGUGCGAGAGUGAUUAUGUCGACAAGGAGUUGGUGAUUCAGUGUCUGCAGUGCGAUCGGUUCCUGCACGCUGCCUGCGAUGCGAUUAUGGACGAGGACGACGUGGAGAGUGCCUUUAGCAUGGGUUACAUUUGCCCAUUUUGUCGACCAGAUAAUUAUCCGCCGCUGCAUCUGCAGCACGUCUUUGAGGACGAAGAUUCGAACGAUUGCAAUCCGGAAGUUGUCGAACCGAAAGCAGUGGUUACGCACAAAUAUGAGGGAAUGCUGCUGUCGGAUGCUGGCUUGAAGCAUCUGAAACGCUUAAGUGUCGAGCACACAAAGUUGAAAUCUCCAAAGAAGAAACACGGGAAGCUCUCAGCGCAGAAUAGUGUGGAUUCCCUGUUGGAUGGUCUUCCUUCGCUCUCUCAGGAAAAUGACAAAAUGGAGGAGAUUUCGGGGGAUGACAAGAGGAAGCGCAUUCGUCGUCCACAGCGAUUCGGCGUCGGAGGAUUCGUGCUGCGUGGGUCUAAGCCAAAAGCAGAAAAAGAGAAAGAAUUGGGGAUAAUGGAUGAGGGAUCCACAGAAUCACAGUUAUUGUCGGGAACAAUCAGCCCAGCAGAAAGUCUCGAUAAUCAUUUGACGGAACUUGCUGGACUAGACCCAACGAAACACCCGAAUCCCCAGAAAAUGAAAAAGAAGAAAGUGCAAUCCAAGAAGCGGUUGCUGGUUAAAGAUGUGUUUCCGGACUACCUGCAAGACGCGUUUUUCGGCAGAGUAUUGUUUGAUACCAAAGAUUCUAGCGAGCAAUCGAGCUUGUGUGAGAAAUUAUCACUUAAUAUAACCAUUGAAGAUUCCAAACCAGUUAGUGUGAAGUCCGAACCUGCUUUGCGCGAAGAGGUGGAAGAAAAGAAGCUGAUCAAGACGGAAUUUGCUGAAACCUUUAAAAAAAUGGUGAAAGGGUCGACUGAGAAUCAGUCAAAUGAGGAAGAAGUGGAUUUUCCUGACCUUACGGAGGGCUUUGACGCGCUAUUGAAUCAAGAGCCUCUCGACGAAGAUCUGGGCAACCUUGACCUCGGUAUAUUAAUGACAGGAACAGAGCAUGAAGAAGACCCAGGUGUGCAGGAAGACGAACCUAUGCAAACCGCGCUUCAACUUAGAAAAGACCACCAGGAACCAGAUUCUGUAACCGAUAACUUGGACUCGAUUUUGGAUUCUCUUGAAAAUGAUUUGCCGCAGAUGAGCUGUGAGGAUGCCGAGGAUGUUUUUAACAAUGUAUUUUCACCAGCGGCGGCUGGCAAUGUGGGCAUAGGAGGAGGUAGUUCGAUGUCCGUUUCAGCGAUUUCUCGAGCUGUUGGCCCCAACGGUGGGCAUGGUCUCGCUGCUUGGCCUGCAGUUCCGUUGGGCAUUGACUCGGGUGAAAAUGCAGAUGCCGGGAAUAAGGGACCGCAAAAGGCUGAAGAAGACGAAGCUCUAGGAUCAUUGGCUACGAUGUCUUCGGUAUUGUAUGCCAAUUUGCAGCAUCCAGACUUGAAGCAGAAGUUUCCGGAAUUUUCUGAGCGUUAUAAGCAGAUACUCAAGCUGUGGAGGAAAGUUAGCACGAAUGAACGGCAACCAUUUCUGCACAAAGCUCGUGAAAACCGAGCAGCCAACAAAGCCUCGAAAAUUCAACGCGCGAAAGAAGAAAAGACCGUGGAGAAACCAAACAGUGUGCCAUUGCCUAUGAAAUAUCCCGAACGCCCUGCCACUUUCCCUACACCAAACCACGGUUUCCUAUCACCUACGCGGUUUCCGUCAUCUGAGCCCAUAGAAUCUCCUUUCCACACCACGCAGGACGAAGCGCUGUAUACUAAUCCAGCGACUCCAUCAAGCCAGCCUUCGACGCCAGGUUCGUCUGCCAGUCACGCACAUCACCAACCGCAGCCUUACCAUGUGGUUGGCUCCCCUGCCCCGCCCUUUUCGCCGCCUCUUGAGAGGCCCAGAUCUGUGUUGCCUAUGCAGCAUCACGUCAACGAUCCAGCAUACGGCGUGCAAAGUCCGCACUCGUACCAACAGGUGCAGUCUCCGCGGACUCCGUUUCCUCCCAACUCUCCGUUUGAUCCCUAUGCACAUCCACCCGGCUCGGUCCAACCAGUGAUGGUUCGCCAGCAAUCUCAAGAUGCAGUGUUAGACGAGCAUGAUCCAUACUCACAGCCUCCUGGAACUCCGAUGCCGCAGAGAUUCCAACAACCAUUUAUGCAGGCCAAUGAACCUCAGUCUCCCCAAAACGGUCAGUUUUUCCCUAGACAGCAACUGCGGGACCUGCUGAAUCGCCAGAAUCAAGUACGUCAAAGACAACCAGUGCCACCGACGCAGUGGCAAUAUCAACAUCAUCCGGAAGCGGGGGGUUUUUCUUCGCCUCAGCAGAUGCAAGAGUCCAAUGUACAGUUCAGUUCUCACACUUUUGCCGUGCAACGGCAAGAGUUUCGUCAGCCACCACCCCCGCAACCUCGCAUGAUGCAGCAACCUCCCAGAAAUUUGGUGGAUGUCCAACAGCAACGCUACCAGGUAGCUGCGCGUGCUCCGAACCAGGUGGCCGUGCAACGCCAAUCACAGAUAGGUAUUCGAUAUGCUGAAGGCCAACAUCCAAUGUACGAGCAGCCUCCAGUACGUCAUCCGCAUCCUCAGUGGCAAGCCGGACAGGGAGGAUUUUCUGGACAGGGUGUCGAUGCUAACAUGUACGGAAGGGCGGAUUCUCAGGUUCCGUCAGCGUUGCGAGCUAAUUACGGGGACAGACAGUUUGCUGGAGAUGUGAGGACAGCGGUUCAGCCAGCGGUGUAUGCUUCUGGACGCAGUCCCACUGCGACAGUGCAAAAUCCAAGUCAACCGCUGUCGCCUAUGCAGUGGUCUCAACCACAGCGGGCUGUACAAUAUCCCCCAGUGCCGAGUCGCCCGCCGUCCGUUAUGCCCACACAAUCGCACAACGUGCCAGCUGUAAAUUCUGUCGCUUCGCUUCCAAUUACCAACUUGCCUCUAGCACGCUCUGCAAGUGAAGAUGUGGAAAUGAGUGAAUCGGAGCGACACAACAGCAUGACUCACGAAACAUUUCUUCUGGAACACCAUCAUCGGUUAACUGCAGAGCUAGCUGCUUUGCAGCAAGAUAUUGCUAAGUUCCGUAAGCAGCGGAAGGCUCUCGCAGCCCGCCAGCGGCAAAUGAAAAAGACGAAUCAUGACCUCAGUCCAGAAGAAAACAUGGAAUUAGAACGGUUAACAAAUACUGUGGGUGCCAUUCAAAAAAGGCUGGAUACUGUGAAGAAGGAGCAUAAGCAGCAUUUGAACGAAAUGCAUGAUUUUACUGCGAAAACUGGAAUCCAACUGGUUGUUGAUGAGCCUCAAGUAGCCUUUUCUGGAGCGGUUGGCAACAUGUCGAUGACGCAACCAAUUCAAACUGGAACGUCUUUUCAUACUAUGCGACCGGAAUUGUCACACCAUCCGACAUCCGUUCAGCCUGGUAUGUACCACCCAGCUACGAUGGCAUCCAAACAAGGCCAUUUAGGCGUAACGCAGAACAGUGCCUUUUAUGGAGAUCAGUUUCAUCAGAAUUCCUAUACCACGGCGCCAGUUCGUCUAACUCAGACCCCUCCACGAUUUGUGCCGCCUGUACCUCAAGUGCAAGGUGUUCUGCAGCAUCAGUUUCCACAUCCUAAUACGCAGCAGCAGAGUGCCCACCAGAUGAAUCUGCAAUUUGUCCCGAAUGCACCAGUCGCUUCAGUCCAGUAUCCCGAGCCACAGGGCGAACAGCAACAACACUCGACGGCCAUGAGAUCUCAUUUGCCCGGUUCUGUGGGGUUGACUAAGAUUGAUCCUUUUCGUCCUGACCUGCCAGCUCGAGCAGCUGGUCUUAGACCACAAGCUCCGGUCAGAGGUUCUGUUGACAUGGGGAAUUUCCAAGCCACAACAUUGAAAUCUCAUCCUGAUUCCACUUCAGGAGGCAUGCAAGGUGAUGAGCGAUCCAUUGAAAGGAAAAAUAUUUUGUUGAAACAACUGUUGGAAAACGGUAACUCUUCUUUGUCGCCGACAAUGUCGCUGGAGAGAAAAGGCUCGGUUGUAUCGAACUCUCUUCCUGACGAGGAUGAUGAUUCUUCACUAUCUGCUCUAACACCAGCUCAGCAGUAUCAGCUAGCAUUAAUAGAGAGUAUGCCAUUGACAACUCGCAAGGAAAGUUUUUCUUCCAGCCCAACACAGCCGUCGGAAUUUGCCGUUGAUGCAUUGAACGUUUCCACCUCAGAUGCGAGUACUGACAGUACGAAAAAGAAAAAGGGACAGAAAAAGCGUAAGAAAAAGCCUUCGGGUGACGAACUUGGCAGUGGCGCACUUAUGGAUGCGUCGCAUGAAGUGGUGAUUGAUGGUCUCUUGGAGCAACUUCGGCAAGCGACAGUAAAUCUUUGUGAACCGGACAAAUUGUCUUUGCCAGCAAAAAGUAUUUUCUUUAAGCCUGAAACCGAUGCGGCUCCAGUUCCUGUCGGUAAAAAGCUCGAAGAUUUGAAGAAGCCACAGAAAAGAAGUCUUCAAGGUAGUUUUGGUCAGUACGAGCUGAUAAAACAAGGAAUACGAAGUCGCUUCUGUGUCGGUGUUAGUCGAGUGAACGAUGAAAUGGUUCAGUCGAACGUAGAACAUUUCGGUAGCAUUCUCCUCGAAGAUUGUCUUCGAUGUCGAAAUGCCGGUGUUCCGGAUGUGCAAGCGUCGCAACAGGAGGCCGACAAAUCUUUACAGUUAGAUGACGUUAAACGCCCAGAUAGCCCUGCAAUGUCUUACGUUUCAACGUCAUCGUAUGGUGAAGGCCGCUUGUUGGAACCGUGCUACGACCGUUUGUAUGACUGGCUUGAAAUUAGCUUUCCACCGGACGGACCAACUUGUUCGGACAUAGUAAUUAGCGAACCAACUUUGGCAGUGCAUUUCGACCCAGGAACACCCGGCAGUCUGAAGGAGAAUUUCGCAAUGGACGUAGUGAAAUACGAAUCUGUCACCGCAGAAAAAUUUGGAAGAGUAUUCAAAGAGUCUGAUCGCGUGAAUGUCAGCAUGACGAUCACCGAAGAAGCUGCUUGCAGUAUGGGAGUCUUUUUGCAGAAUUUGGCUAACCUGUUGCGAAUCCCUGUGACCGACAUAGAGAUGACUGGCUGUGAAGAUUACCCAGAACUGCCGAAGGAAACGAAGCCUUAUAAAUACUGUCGCACCUGUGAGAUUGCCCUUGAUCAAGAAACGGGGUUUCGGAAACGAUUGUCUGAUCUGCCGGUUGUUUCUUUGGUCGACAACGGUUUCCCAGUGGAGUACGAAGAUGGCGUGGCCUACGUUUCCUUCUGCAGUAGUACAUGCAUGAUGCAAUUUGCUAUUACUAACCAGAAUGUCGCGAAAGUCUCUCCACCGGCCACCGUUUCGGUUGACCAUGGUUUUGACAACGGACCGAAGGAGGAAGCACGAAAGGAUAAACGCGAACAUUCACCAGUGAAACGUAUGACACCCGUCCAACUGUUGUUGAAAUCCAUAGCGCCUCUGCUGAAAAAGGGAAAGAAAGGUCGACAUGAAUUGUGGACGCCUAAUUUGUUGCAGCUGAAGCGGCAGAACAGCGUCACGGACUCUCGAGCGACGCAGCAAGUAAUGAAUCUGCUGGAUGUCGGGCUGAAAGUGACGUCGAAUGUUCGGGACAACAGAGUAUGUGUACUGUGUCACCUUGUCGGUGACCUUCUCCCGGAUGGACAGGGUCGCCUGUUGAAUAUCGAUGGAGAGCACUGGGUGCAUUUGAAUUGUGCUCUGUGGUCGGUGGAUGUCUACGAAACGAUUAAUGGGCACUUAAUGAACGUGCAGCAGGCGUGCAAGCGGGGUGCGAAGACGGAAUGUGUCAAAUGUCGCAAACUGGGAGCCACGCUGCUUUGCUAUCGUUACCCGAAGAUCCGCUGCAACCAGAUGUUUCACUUCCCCUGCGCAAAAAGCAGCGGAUGCAUGUUCUUUAACGAUAAAAGCGUUCUUUGUGAAAUACAUAAAUCAGGCGAACCCCCCGAAGACGAGUUGAAGUCUAUGACCGUUCACAGGCGAGUGUAUGUCCAUCGGGACGAGCCACGGAUGGCAUCAAGGGUGAUCACUGCACGCGAUGGACUGUAUAGCUUUCGGAUCGGGACGCUGAUCUUCCAUUCUCUUGGACAACUUUACCACUCUAACAUGGAUGCCUUCCACAAUCCGGACUGUGUUUAUCCGGUGGGAUAUUCCAUCACUCGUAUCUUCUGGUCUAUGCGAGCCCUGCAUAAGCGUUGUUUUUAUCACUGCACAAUCCAGGAGGUGCAUGGUGCUCCAGAUUUUCGCAUUUCCGUGGAGGAAAAUGGCUAUGAGACCGUUUUAAUUAAAGGAUCAACCACUAAAGAGGUGUGGAUGAAAGUUUUGGUUGCUGUUCUUGAACACCGUUCAUCGACGAUGAUUAAAGUCUUCCCGGAUUUUUUCACGGGUGAUGACUUGUUUGGUCUGACGGAAAGCAACAUCGCCCGAGCGAUCGAAUGUUUACCGGGCAUAAACGAGGCCAUUCGGUAUCAGUUCAAGUACGAGAAGGCUCGCGUUCCAGAAUCACCAGCUGUGGCCGCGCCGGUAAUUCCGCAUCAACACGAGAGCGGAUCGGCGCGAACCGAACCGAAGUUGAGACUGGUCACGAAGCGAGCCCAGUUUGGCCAUCAUGCCGCCAUCCGCGCUCACAGUUCCGCCGACGUCGGUCUGACGCGGGUGUCCUCAUCCGGCGACCUUUCCUCCUAUCCGUUGUCUAGUGAUGUCGCCGCUAAUGCUCAAGAGAAUUGCAACGGUCUCAGUUUUUACCAGAAACAGACACUCAGCCAUACCAAAAUCAACCAGUACCGCAAAAUGAAGGCAGAAUGGAGAAGUAACGUUUACCUGGCUCGGUCGAAAAUCGAAGGUUUAGGGUUGUUUGCUGCACGGGAUUUGGACAAAAAUAGUAUGAUAAUCGAAUAUGUCGGGGAAUUGAUACGCAACGAGGUGGCCAAUCACCGCGAGCGGAUGUAUGAAAUGCUGAACCACGCAGGGAUUUACAUGUUUCGCGUUGACAAUGAAGAAGUGUGCGAUGCCUCUCGAGCCGGGGGUCCGGCCCGAUUCAUCAACCAUUCCUGCGAUCCCAACUGCAUCACGGAAGUGGUGCAGACUGACAAAAACGAAAAGAAAAUCGUUAUUUCUUCGUUGCGUCGCAUCCGUAAGGAUGAAGAGUUGUGCUAUGAUUAUAAAUUCGACUGGGAAGACGAUCAACAUAAGAUUCCUUGCAACUGCGGAUCCCAGUCGUGUAAAUUAUGGAUGAAUUGAGUUUCUCUCCAAAGAUGGGAUGCCUUACAUUCUUCCUAAGUGGACGCUACAUUUGCAGACUUCCUCAUUCCCUCCUUUUGACUGGCUGCAGUCGGUCUGCUCUCUCAAGUCUUCCCCGGAAAGCCUUGACACAAUUUGUGCUAACUUCCGCUUGGUGUGGAUUGAACCAAAUUAACCGUGGGACGAUACCGUUGACAUUUUCGUAUUAUUUUGUUUUUCGGUUUAUCCGGUGCAGCCGCUGUAGGGAAUGUGUUCUCUGCAGCCAGGAAAAUAACUAUUUAAUAACAAACUUUAGCUUGUAACAUGUUAGUUAUCUGUGUUGAAAUUGACUUUAUUGUUUUUUUAUGUUGCAUAAUUUUUUAUCCUUUAUUGAAAGGAAUUGUGUAGAUUUUAUGUACUGCUUUUGUUUUUAUUGCAUUUGUUGAUAUUAGUGAUGGUUAGAGUGUCCGUGGCUAGUUCAGAGCAAUAUGUUUUAGUAGUGCUAUGAGAGAAAUUGUACAUUUUGACACGAGAAAUUGUAGUGAUUGAGUGUUGUUUCUUUUGUUUCAAUUAGUUGUGAGUAAAUAACACAGAUCAA